CCAGAACAGAGCUUUUCCGGUGCUACCAGACUGAUGUAUCUGCAACAUUCCAUGUGAAGCUGAAGAAAAUUCCCUGUGGGUGUGUUUGAUGAGAAAAACGGUCAAUUCACAUCAAAUCUUCAGCUGAUCCAACAACCAAGUGUGAUCCUUAUGUGGUCUGCAUCCAGACAGUGAUCCAUCUAUCAUGAACUCAAGCACCGAAGCUCCAUUCACCAACUCCACAGACUGCGCUGAGGUUCAGGUCCCCAGUCAGGUGUUCCUGGCCAUCGCCGUCGCCAGUCUGAGCGAGAACCUCUUGGUGAUUGUGGCCGUGAUCAAAAACAAGAACCUUCACUCUCCUAUGUACUGCUUCAUCUGCAACCUGGCUGUGUUUAACACCAUCUCCAGCCUCUCCAAGGGAUUAGAAGACAUCCUGCUCUUGUUUGUAGAUGCCGGACACCUGAACUCCCGUGGCCCUUUUGAGCUGAAGAUAGAUGACAUCAUGGACUCUCUAACCCUCAUGGGCUUCCUGGGCUCCAUCUUCAGCAUACUCGGCAUAGCCGUGGAUCGAUACAUCAGCAUAUUUCACGCUCUACGCUAUCACACGCUUAUGACCAUGCGUCGUGUAGUGGUUAUUUUGUCCGCUAUCUGGGUGUUGUGUGGGACCAGCGGAGUGCUCAUGAUCGGGUUCUGCGUGGCCGCCACAGUGAAAAUCUUCUUCGUUGUGCUCUUCUUCACAGCUCUGCUCCUGAUCCUCUUGCUCUACGUGCAUAUGUUUCUGCUAGCACGCCACCACGCCAACAGGAUCGCGUCUAUGCCAGGCGCCCAGGCACGCCACAGACAAAGUAGCUUGAGGGGGGCGCUGACCCUCACUAUCUUGAUUGGAGUGUUUGUGGCCUGCUGGGCUCCUUUCUUAUUUCAUCUGCUGAUUAUUAUGAUUUGUCCAGAGAACCCGUACUGUGAGUGCUACCGCUCGCUCUUCCAGCUGCACGUAGUGCUACUAGUGAGUCACGCGGUCAUUGAUCCAGCCAUUUACGCUUUCCGUAGCGCAGAGCUGCGCAAUACCUACAAGAAAAUGUUCCUGUGCUCAGCUGCAAGGAUCUGUAAACAGUGUGUCUGAGCGAAGGCCCCGAUAUACUCACCAUUCUUUUUCCUUCUUCGCUUAGCGGUAAAAAGAAGUUUGAAAUACCUUUGCAGCGGUAUACUGUUAGAGAACAUCUCGACGCCACCCACAAUGCUGAUGAAUAUGUAAAUAUGUGCUGUACUUUCCUCUCAAUAACAACAAAAUGACGCUGAGAAAGCAGCAGUUAAGAAAGCAUCUGAUUAUAUCAUAUGUUCGCACAAGCUCUCAAGUGCCUUCACAUUUAUUAGCACUUUAUACAUAGAUAGCCUAUACAAGAGUGUAGCUUUCAAUUUGAAGUACAACUUCAAAUUUUACUAUUAAACAGCUCUCCAGUGUGUUUGUUUUUACCCAUGUCUGACCUCGACAGACUGAACAGAAGAAAUGAACCAGAGAAGAUUUCCACCUAAAAGAAGGCGGAGCCCCAGAGCACAAUUGCCACAGACCAAUGGUUGUUCAAGGGCGUUUACCUUUUCCAGAAAGUUCGCUUUGGCAAGCUUCCACUCUCCUGAAACAAACUCCAAAUGAACUUCAUUUAGGCCUGAUUUUGUUCGUAAUGACGUCUCACCAGUUCGUUCUUUGAUUUUACUUGAAUUACAACAAGGCCUUCAGUGCUUCACACUGCAGGUUAAAGU